AUGUUGUCUAUUGAGACCAUCAUCACUUAUCGUGACUUCAAGACGCUUUGCAUUACGUUUGCAAAAGCAGCCAAGCUACGCAUUAUGGACGCGUCCAUCCGUGCCUUACGCAACUCGAUGAUCCAGACAAUCGAUACUCGAGACCGUGUACCGGAAGCUCUCCGCGCAAUUUUUGUCAGAUUGAAGGACAAGUGUAAGGCCAAGAGCAACAAGAAGAAGCGUGGGCUGGUUGAGCUGGACGACAUUCAAGAAUGGCUCAUUCCUCCAACCGAUGGAGCUGUGGGUCAAGUGCGCGGGACCUACGGAGUGCGACGUCUCUUGCAGUGCGUGGUCAUGGGCAACAAGGCACACUACCUGGUAGACUGGGAGCCAACCCUGGAGCCUCGCGAGAACAUCUCAAAGGAGCUGAUUACGCAAUUUAACCGUGACCGCCGUGAUCUUGUGCGCAGUACCUUCAUUGACGAUGAGGCUAACGAAGACAAUACUUCCUCAGCAACCUAA